GAGCCCCCACGGGAGGCUGAACGAGCUCGGAGGCCCAGAGAGAAAGAAGCGCGCGCCCUUCUCCAAGAGUGGCCGGGCGCAGAGCGAGAGGGUAGCCGAAGCUUCCGCUUCUGCGGGCCCUGCUCGGUAGUGGAGCAGAGGCUUCGAGGGGACCGGGCGACGACGACACCUGGAGAGGAAGGCCGUGACGGCCACGAAAGGUACAUUGAGCCAUGACACAGUCACUUUACCUGGAAGGCCAGGCCUACUCUGUGCCUCUGAUCCAGCCAGAUCUUCGAAGGGAAGAGGCUAUACAGCAGGUGGCAGAUGCCUUACAGUACCUCCAGAAGGUCUCUGGUGACAUCUUCAGCAGGAUUUCCCAACGAGUAGAAACAAGCCGGAGCCAGCUGCAGGUCAUUGGAGAGAGAGUCUCUUUGGCUCAAGCCAAGAUCGAGAAAAUCAAGGGCAGCAAGAAAGCAAUCAAGGUGUUCUCUAGUGCCAAGUACCCAGCACCAGACAGACUGCAGGAGUACAACUCUAUCUUCACAGGAGCCCAGGAUCCUGGGUUUCAGAGGCGCAUCCGACACAAAGUCCAGAGCAAGCACCGACCCCUUGAUGAAAGAGCCCUGCAGGAAAAACUGAAGUACUUUCCUGUGUGUGUGAGUACCAGACCCCAGCCUGAAGAUGAGGCCGAGGAAGGACUUGGGGGCCUCCCCAGCAACAUCAACUCCCUCAGCUCCUUGCUGCUCUUCAACACCACUGAGAACCUGUACAAGAAGUAUGUCUUUCUGGACCCUCUGGCUGGGGCUGUGACAAAGACUCAUGUGACACUAGGGACAGAGACUGAGAAGUUAUUUGAUGCUCCCUUAUCCAUCAGCAAGAGGGAGCAGCUGGAGCAGCAGGUUGCAGAGAAUUAUUUUUAUGUACCAGAUCUGGGCCAGGUGCCUGAGAUUGAUGUACCAUCCUACCUGCCUGACCUUCCUGGUAUUGCCGAUGACCUCAUGUACAGUGCUGACCUAGGCCCUGGCAUAGCACCUUCUGCCCCUGGCACCAUUCCUGAGUUGCCCACCUUUAACACUGAGCUUGCUGAACCGUUCAAGCCAGAACUAGAUGAUGAUGUAUUAGUAGCACCUCCACCACCUCCACCGCCACCUCCUCCUCCUCCACCAGCCCCCGAAGUGUCAGUCAGUGCGCCUCCACCCCCACCUCUGCCCCAGCUCACUUCAGCCCAGCCAGCCAGUGUGGACAGCAGCAGUGUGUCCCCUUCAGUUCCAGUUCAUGUACCGCCCAAGGAAGUUGUGGAUCCUUCCAGUGGACGGGCAACCUUGCUAGAGUCAAUCCGCCAGGCAGGAGGUAUUGGCAAGGCUAAGCUAAGAAGUGUGAAGGAGCGAAAACUGGAGAAGAAGAAGCAGAAGGAACAGGAACAAGUGAGAGCCACAAGCCAGGGUGGUGACCUAAUGUCAGAUCUCUUCAACAAACUAGUCAUGAGGCGCAAAGGCAUCUCUGGGAAAGGACCUGGAGCAAACACUGGGGAAGGCCCUGGAGGAGCCUUUGCCCGCAUGUCAGACUCAAUUCCACCCCUACCAAUGUUGCAGCAGCCACCUGGAGAGGAAGAUGAGGAUGAAUGGGAGUCAUAGGGAAGCCACACCUUACCUGUUGCCCAAGUUGGAGGAGACAUGGACACCCUUAAAGUUUGCCCCUGAUUUAGUGUUUAUUAAAAGUUACUUAGCUCAUCCUGGAGAUGGAGAUGGAGAA